CUUGUUCGUCUCGCGGAAUGCAGAAUAUGUCGCUGUAGCUGUUGGGAACCGCAUCACCAUCUUGAGAAAGGGCGAUGGCUAUGUAUCACCCUGCGGCAUAUAUACAAAUAAUAAUAGAAUGGCUUUUUUUACAAAUGGGGCCUGGCUGGAGGACCAAGGCAUUUUUGGAGUGGUGGAUGAUUUAAACUCGUUGUAUCUGAUAAAAGAAAAUGGAGAUGCAUUAACUAGGAGAACAAGCAAUCAGUUGAAGCUAUCUUCUCCUAUCGCUGAUUUGCUUGCGCAGGAUGCUUCAAGUUCACAAAGGGGUUUCUAUAUUUUUACUACUGAUUGCAUGGUCCAUAAAUUCAAUUACAAUGAAGAACCGGAGGCAACUUUAUACCAAGUUUCUAUAGUGACUAAAGAGGCACCGUCAACUAGGCCUCCUCAGUUGCCUAAGAGUUUCUCGUGUGUUGAUUAUCAUCAAGAUCACUCAUUAGUGGUCCUAGUUGGGGAUUCCAGUCUUUCAGGAACAUAUUUUCUAUAUAUAUUGAACUUCGAUGGAUAUCUGGAACUUCGUCUUUCAUUACAGAGCAUGCAGUUGGAAGGGGUGUUUUCACCUCCUACAGAUAAAAAAACUUUGGUCUCACUCCCAAAAGUCAGAAUCUCACCUCACGGCAAGUGUAUUGCUACAUUAGAUUUGAAUGGUUCCGUCAACAUCUUUGUGCUUGAUGGAGAUAUGCGCUCUGUUUCGCUUCAUCCUCACGGAAGUGGUGCUGGAACACCCCUGUUUCGUGUGAAGGAUAUCAGUUGGUGGACAGAUAGUAUUCUCAUGGUAGUAAAGGAAGAUGGUAGGAUUAGCAUGUACAGCAUUGCUGAGAAUAUGGUAGUUUCAAAAGACGACCCUGUUUUAUCUACACCACUGUUGGAAAAGGCAAAGGCUGUCGAAGGAUAUACAUUUGUUUUGCAAUCUAGCAGACAAAUGGAUAGUGUUCCUGGGGAUCUUCUACACACUGAGAUGGAUAAAAUAUUUUGGAGCCUCUUAUCAUUCUCCAAAGUUACAGUACUGGAGAUGUACUCUGUUCUCAUCAGGGAGAAUCGUCAAAAGGAGGCUUUGGAUUUUGCCUCCGAGUAUAAUCUAGAUAAGGAUGACGUGCUUAAAGCAUGCUGGUUGCACUCUGCUGGAGAUAUUCAUGAUAUACAAUCAUACUUGGCGAACAUCAAAGACCAAGCAUUUGUAUUAUCAGAAUGUGUGAAUAAAGUUGCACCUACAGAAGUGGCUUUGAAAGCCCUAUUUUCUUUUGGCCUUCGUAUAACAGACCGUUACAACUUUUCGCAGCCGGAUAAGAGCAACGAGGGCUCAGCAUGGGACAGUCGUAUCAUUAGGCUUCGUUUAUUGUGGUACAACGACUUGCUGGAGACAUUCUUGGGAAUUAAUAUGGGAAGGUUCUCAGCUGGUGAAUAUAACAAGUUCCGUUUGAUGCCCCUUGUUGAUACUGCUAUUGCUCUAGCUGAAAGUGGCAAAAUUGGAGCCCUUAAUCUUCUCAUGAAGCGCCAUCCAUAUACUAUUUCUUCUGACAUUUUACUUGUUUUGUCGGCGAUUCCAGAAACUAUUGCUGUACAAACUUAUGGUCAGUUGCUUCCUGGGAAAUAUCCUCCUAGUAUUGUAAUAUUAAGAGAUGGUGAUUGGGUUGAAUGCGAACAGAUGGCAUCAUAUAUAAACACUUCUCCUGGUCAAGUGGUCAAAACAGAAAUACUUUUAAAGCACUCUACUGGUUUCUUAUGGCCAUCUGUCGCUGAACUUUCGGAGUGGUACAGGAGCAGAGCUAGGGACAUUGACUGCUUAAGUGGACAGCUGGAAAAUUGUAUUGCCAUGAUAGAGCUUGCAUGCCAAAAGGGAAUUGUGGAGCUGCAACCAUUCUUUGAUGAUAUGAAAUACCUCUACCGAGUUGUAUAUUCUGACGAGUUGAAUGAGUUUAUAAUGAACCUUGCGACCUGGGAAAAUUUGCCUGACUAUCAAAAGUUCAAAAUCAUUCUCAAAGGAGCCAAAGAUGAAACAGUUGUUCAGCGACUAGACGAUAUGGCUAUCCCUUUUAUGAGUAUGCACAUGAUCUCGUCAAGUAAUGCUGACAAACAAGAAGAAUCCUACCUGACUAGAUGGAUGAAAGAGGUUGCUGCUGAAAAUGAGCUGGCCGUUUGCUUGUCUGUCAUUGAAAAUGGUUGUGGGGAGUCACCAAUCCGUGGGCUCUUCAAGGAUCUUGAUGAAAUGAUUGAAACAGCUAUUCACUGCAUUUAUGUAUGCUCUGCAACUAACCAGUGGAAUACCAUGUCAUCAAUUUUGUCAAAGUUACUCCAUAAGACAAAGAGAGAGAAAUCUUUAAUGGCCAGUGAAGAAGAUUUCAAUCUGAAAGAUGCUAAGCAAGCUCUUGGGACUUCUGUGGUUUCCUAUGAUGACAUACAGCAUGUGUGCGCUGAUAUCUUAUCUGGUCUGGGUGAUAAUGCACGGGAUUCUUAUUGCCAUGAUUCAAGAGCCUACCAGUUUGAUAACAUAAAAUCCCUUGAUAUGCGAGAGAAGAUGCUAAAAGUUGCUGAAGGUCACGUAGAAGUAGGGAGGCUCUUUGCUUAUUACCAGGUACCAAAGCCAACACAUUUCUUCCUUACUGCUCACUUAGACGAGAAGAAUGUAAAACAACUUAUACGGCUGAUCCUGUCAAAAUUUGGUAGACGUCAACCUGUUCGAUCUGACAAUGAGUGGGCUAAUAUGUGGCGUGAUUUGAAACUCUUCCAAGAAAAGGCAUUUCCUUUUCUUGAUUCAGAAUAUAUGCUCGCAGAAUUCAUUAGAGGGCUUCUAAAAGCUGGUAAAUUUUCACUAGCCAGGAACUAUCUUGGAGGUACUAGUGCAGUUUCUUUGUCCGCAGAAAAGGCUGAGAAUCUCGUUAUCCAAGCUGCAAGAGAGUAUUUCUUCUCAGCUUCUACUUUGUCCUGCAAUGAAAUUUGGAAGGCUAGGGAAUGCCUAAACCUGUUACCAAAUAGCAAAAAUGUUCAAGUAGAAACUGAUAUAAUUGAUGCUUUAACUGUCAGACUUCCUUCUCUAGGGGUGACUAUCCUUCCUGUUCAGUUCAGACAGGUAAAGGAUCCUAUGGAGAUCAUCCGUAUGGUGAUUACGAGUCAAACAGGGGCAUAUCUUCAUUUCGAAGAGAUUAUUGAUGUUGCUAAACUUCUGGGAUUAAGAAGUGAAGAAGAAAUAGCUGCUGUUGAGGAGGCCAUUGCUAGAGAAGCAGUGGUAAAUGGUGACCUCCAGCUAGCCUUUGAUCUGUGUCUGAAUUUGAUUAAAAAGGGUCAUGGUGAAGUCUGGGAUUUAUGUUCUGCAAUUGCAAGAGGUCCUCAGCUUGACAAUUUGGAUACAACUACCCGUGAAAAGCUAUUGGGCUUCUCCCUGAGCCAUUGUGAUGGAGAAUCUGUAGGGGAACUAUUGAAUGCUUGGAAGGAACUUGAUGUCCUUGGUAAAUUUGAACAAUUAAUGGUAUCAACAGGAACAAACCCUCCCAAUUUCUUUCUUGAUGGCUCUACAUAUACACCUCUUCCUGUGCAAAGUGUGCAAGACAUACUUGAUCUCACAGAAGAUAUUAGCCAUGAUAGAGAUCAUGUGGGAAUUGCUAAAGAAAUGCUAUCAAAGGUUUGCAUGGACUUAACAAAUGAUGAUACAUAUAGUUGGGAAUCUACAUUUGCAGAAAAUAGGAAACUAUUGUCAUUCUCUGCACUGGAAUUGCCAUGGCUUUUAAAGUUGUCUAAUGGUGAGGUGUAUGAUGGUAACGAGCAUUCUUCGGAGACAAAUCAUUCCAUCAGGAGAUAUCGCUUUUCAUCAAAAACAGAGGCAACAAAUAGCAUCUUAUAUUGGUUAGGUGUAAAUAGCUUUGCUCCCAGUGAUGAUCUAAUCAUGUUUCUUGCGAAGUCUGUAAUGGAGCCUCCCGUUGAUGAAGAUGAUUAUGUUCUUUCCUGUUCGAUUCUUCUGAAUCUCAUGGACCCUUUCAAUGGAGUGAAAACAAUAGAGGAAGAGCUCAAAAACCGAGAAUGUUAUCAAGAGAUUAGUAGCAUAAUGAAUGUAGGAAUGAUAUAUAGCUCCCUCAACAGUUCGAAGAAAGAAUGUUCUACUCCUGAACAGAGGAGAAAUCUCUUGCUUCACAAAUUCCAUGAGAAGUUUACCUCGAUAGAUUCAGAUGACUUGGACCAGAUUGAUAUGGCACAUGCCACUUACUGGGGAGAGUGGAAAUCGAAGUUAGAAGAGGAGAAACGGAUGGCUGAUCAAGCAAGAGCGCUAAAAAAUGUACUGCCUGAUAUAGACACGUCUCGAUUCUUAUCUGGUGACGCUAGCUAUAUCAAAAAGGCUGUUUUCUCCUUUGUUGACUCUGUGAAGCUGGAGAGAAAGCAUAUACUAAAGGAAGCAGUAAAUAUAGCUGAGAACUAUGGCUUGAAGCGAACUGAGGUGCUUUUACGAUUUCUGGGCUGUGCUCUUGUCUCUGAAUAUUGGGAUAAUGACGAUAUUCUGAAUGAAAUUGCUGAAUUUCGGGAGGAUAUUGUCAAAUCAGCCAAGGGGGUGAUUGAUAUGAUAUAUUCAGAUGUCUAUCCAGAGAUCGAUGGGUAUAAUAAGCAACGCCUCUCCUACAUCUUUAGCAUCCUUUCAGCAUGCCAUUCGUAUCUUAAGAGGACUAGUGAGAUAGAAUUAACAUACCAAGAACAUGUCCAUACACAUAAGCUUGAGCCGUUUCAGUAUUACAAGGUCCUAGAGGAAGAGUGCAAGAAAGUCUGUUUCAUUGAUGGCUUAAACUACAAAAACAUUGCUAGCCUGGAUAAUCUGAACUUUGAGCAUUUCAAUGAAGAGGUAUGCCAGAAUAUCCAUGCAUCAACCGUCAGUGCUCUAGCUGAUAUGGUACAAGCUCUUGUGAGUAUGUAUGUUGAUGUACAGGCUAAGGGUCUUGUAUCACGUCAAGGUGUUUACAAGCAUUAUGUUCUUGGCAUGUUGGCAUCUUUAGAAGGCCGCAAUGAAGCACGAUCAAACAGCACAGAUUGUGAAAAGUUACAAGCGUUUCUCAGUGAAAUUGAGUUGAACUAUGAUAGUUGCAAGGAGUACAUCCAAACUCUUCCUGCCACAGAUAUUUCAUACAUCAUUCGGAGGUAUUGCACGUUAUGUUUUCCUUCCAACUUAGCGAGAAGCCAUCCACAUGAACCUUCAUGGAAGAAACCUCUCUGUAUGCUGAUAACGCUUUGGGUUAAACUUGUUGAUGACAUACCAAGGCAGUCAACCGUUAGCUCGUAUGAAAGGACAGGCUACUUGGAUCCAAACCGAUUAUCUCACUGCAUGAGUGCUUUCAGACAGCUAUUAAUAAAUGAUGAGAUAACAGUGCACCAAGGUUGGGAUGCCAUCUCCAUGUUUGUACAAGCUGGCUUUAACAGUGAAAUGAUACUGGACACAUCACACAUUUGCCGAGCUAUGAUUCUUUCUGGAUGUGCUUUCAAAACUGUAGUUGAAGUGUACUACGGAGGACAGGAACAUUUGGAAAGUAUGGGUGCAGACUCAAGGAAUCCUUUGGAUCUCUUAGAGCUUUAUGGUGCUUCUACAGAUGGCUGUUUGUCCGAUCUGAUCAAAGGCUCUUGUGAGUCUGAGGUAUUGCUGCAUAAGCUACUAUCUUCAUUGAGCCAGUCGGCAGGGGAAGAUGCCGGCUCUCUUGAAAUGAUCAGAUCUAGUGUCUGGGGAAAGUUGAUAACCUUUUCUGAGAACAUGCAGCUAGGUAGCCAACUACGUGUUUAUGCUCUGCAGCUGAUGCAAUGUAUAACAGGAAGCAACCUCAAAAGCCUCCCAAAUGAGAUUGUUUCACAGGUUGAGCCAUGGGAAUUAUGGUAUGAGCCUGGAACAAGUGUUUCCAUAGCUGAUGAGGGUACGACUCCCUCUAGCAGCAUCACAUCGACUCUAGUGGCACUCAGAUCUAGUCAGAUGAUCACUGCAGUUCUGCCAGAUGCUAGUAUCACGCCUGAAAACUUGUCGAGCCUUGAAUCUGCAGUAUCUUGCUUCUUACAUUUGUCGGAACGUGCUUCUUCUGUGGAGAGUGUUGCUGUUCUGGAAGCAGUGCUAGAGGAGUGGGAGCAAUUGUUCUCUUCCAAAGAAGAAUAUGUUGCACCUCAAGAAUCUCCAAAAGAGGCAAGCGACUGGAGUGAUGGAUGGGAUGAUGGCUGGGAGGCCCUACCAGAAGAGCUGGAGAAUCCAACACAAAAGCAAGAUGGUGUGUCAUUAUCUGUCCAUCCUCUUCACAGUUGUUGGAUGGAGAUCAUGAGAAAACUUGCAGGGUUUGGUGAGCUCCAGAAGGUCAUUGAACUUCUAGAUCGAGCAUCUUCAAAACAUAGCAUGCUGCUAGACGAUGAAGAGGCACACCGCUUGCUUGAACUCCUCGUAUCUGCACCGAACUGCUUCAUGGCUCUCAAAAUCAUUCUACUGCUCCCAUAUGAAGCUCCACAGUUGCAGUGCAUGCAAAUGGUUGAGGCGAAAAUUAGGGAAGGAACUGUGUCCACCUCAUCAAAUGCUGACGGCUAUGAGCUGCUGGCGUUGGUUCUGUCCUCUGGAGCCCUGCAGAAGAUGGCUGCAGAGGAGGGAUACUCCAAACUUUUCUCUCAUAUAUGCCAUAUUGUCGGACAACUCGCGAGGUCAUUCCAGAAUGAUCUCUGCGCACAAUGGGAAGCUGAAUCUAACACAUCGGAGACGUCUAAGAUAAACCGGUCUUUACUGUUUGGUAAGGUCUUGCUCCCGUGUUUCAUUUCUGAACUGGUGCUCAACCGACAGUAUCUAUUGGCUGGGUUUGUCAUCUCGAGAUGGAUGCACACCCCUACAUCCCUCGGUCUGAUAGAUGUCAUCGACCCCAGCGUGCGGCGCUACCUGGAAGGUCAGGUUGCCCAAGCUCAGCAGCAGGUGGGAGAGCGCGAAGCUUUGUUUACUGAAAACGAAUUGUCGAUAAGCCGCACAUUGUCCAGUUUAAGAUUGAAGUUGGUUUCUCUUUUGCAAGCGGCGUUGGUAGCCCUUCCGAACCGAGAGUCUUAGAUAUUUAGUCUGGUGUACAUUUAACUCGACCCUGCUUGUGUAACUGUAACAUGGUGAAUAUCAUUACAAGGUUAACUACUAGCAGUGGCAGGAAGCUUUAAGAAAAUGCAAGAGAUACAAAUGUUCUGUUACUCUGUUUAACGGAGGUUGGUUACUCCUUU